GGCCCAAAGGCAGGGUGCUGACGCAGGGGAUGCUCUCCAUCCCUGGCAGCGAGUCUCUUGCUGAACAGCCAAAUGUCCUCUCUCUGCACAGCUUGAACGGAGCUGGUUUAGAAGGAGAAUCACUGACCUGCUCCACGUAUGCAGCAAGACGGAUUGCAGCAGCAGUCAUGCGACUUGGGCGUGCAGCAAUGGCUCAAGCAAUCGAUUUGGUCCCCUGGCCUCAAGAUGUCUGUCCCAUCUACGCGGCCCCAGCGGUCCUCAUCCCACUGGAGCCCAAGAAAACCAUGUUAGCUGGAGUGAAGGGCCACCUCUACCAUCCAUUCCUGCCCACCUUGCGGCGAAUGGACAUGGACACCAUGGCCAGCAAACUCACGGAUGAACACUCCAGGACGUCCACCCCAUUCUGCAAAGAGGAUUUUGAAAAUGCCACCUUCACCCUGGCUGGAGUGCCCAAUCAGCGCUUACCUUCCCUGGGGAUGACGGAGCUGGGCAGGAGGCUGACCCAGAAGUACCAAGCAGGAAAGAUGGCGCCUCUCUUGCCCAGCAAGAACCAGGAGGAGUGGCCCAGCUACACACGGGCCAUGGACGACUGGUCUCGCUUUGUCUCCACGGCUGGAGAAUUCAAGCUACCCAGUGCUAACAAAGGAGUUCUUGGGUUCAGCUGCUACGCCGUGAGGUACUUAAAACCUGACGUCACCCAGACCUGGCGGUACUGCCUCAACCAGAAUCCCAGCCUGGACAGAUACGGACCAAAGCCCAUCCCUUACAACAUGGUUAAUACCUACAGGAGCUUCGGAUCAGCACACAGCCGUUCUCACUACCUCCGUCCUUGGCGCUAGGAAGCAGAAAAGGUUGCCGAGAGCCAAGCAAAUCUUCUUCUUCAGCUUUUGAACAUCCACAAAGAAUAAAGGCUAUUCAUUGCCUCAGCACAGGAAG